AUGCCAGGCUGUUGCGUGGCUGAUUGUAAAAACAGUACCGUAAAAGGUUUCCAUUUGUUUCGCGUGCCCAAAGGUGAACGUAGACAACAAUGGGUCAAAUUAAUCGGAAGAAUUGAAUUACCAGAAUCGGCUAAUAUUUGUGAAGUACACUUUGGCGAAGAGCAAUUCGAAAAUAAUCGGAAAGAUGGGAAAAGAAAAUUACGUCCAUUUGCAAUACCUAAUUUAUUGGAAAGCAUAAAUGAUCCUUUGAUAAAUCCUUUAGAAGGUAUAGAAGAAGAUAUAAUUUCUACAGAAGAACGUACGAUAGAACCUAUGACAAAUUUCAUGGAAAAAUAUAUAAACCUUGUAGAAGAAUCUACAUUUGUAGAAAAAUGUACGACACAUGUCACAGAGCAAUGUACAAAUAAAUCCGACAGAGUCUUAAAAACGUUAAAAUCAAUGAAAACAAAAUUAAAAUACGUUAAUGUUUUGAAAAAGAAAUUCCGAAAAUAUCACACUUUGCAAAAAAAUUUGGAAAAAGUAUUCAAUCAAGAUCAAAGAGAAUGUAUUAUAUACGAAUCACACGAAGGACGAGCAUGGUCAGCAAAUACAGGUACGAAAGCAUUGAGGUUUUAUGUGUCUUGUGGACAGAAGGGCUAUGAAGAGUUACUUCGACAACAUUUACCCUAUCCCAGUAUUCGAACAUUACAAAAUCGCGUACAAGGCUUUAAAUUUAAGCCAGGUAUUUUUGAAGACAUUUUCAAAUUGCUUGAAAUAGAAAUAUCUGUGUUUAAACCUGAGGAGAAACAUGCGGUACUGUUAAUAGACGAGAUGUCUAUAAAACCCGGUGUACAAUUCGAUAAUUCUAUAGGUUUAGUUGUAGGUAAACCCACAAUGAAAUUGUCGGGUGGAUUUGACAGUUCAAAAGGACUAGCUACACAUGGUCUCGUUUUUAUGUUGUGCGGUAUCAGUACUAAGUGGAAACAAAUCUUUGCAUACGAGUAUACUGCUAAUUCAUUUUGUAACCAAGAAAUGUGUAAUAAAAUUAGAACAAUUGUUCAAAAGGCACAUGAUAUUGAAUUAAAAAUUACAGCUGUUAUUUCCGAUAUGGGAGUCCAAAACAGGAGUUGGUGGAAGUUGAUGAACAUCACAGCCGGUAGAUUUAGUACGAUCACUAAUUAUAUUCAACAUCCAUGUAAUGAUACAGACAAAUUGUAUAUUAUGCCAGAUUCCGUCCAUGUUUAUAAAAACGUUGCAUGCUCGUUAAGAAAGCAUAAAUUUUAUUUAAAUCAAAAACUGGUUACAAAGUACAAUUUACAACAUAACGAAAUUUGCAUGACACCUAUCUAUGAAGUAUUUAAGAUAGAUGAAAAAGAUACAUUAAAGUUAUGUCCACGUCUUAAAGAAAACGUUUUAAAUCCGUUUCAUUUCGAUAGGUACUAUGAAUGUGGCUUUAAGCGUCGCAUUAUUAAAUGAUAAUGUUGCGGCAGCUAUUACUUUUCAUAUAACGAAGAAAAAUAUUGAUAAGAAGCAUACGACUACUGCCUGGUUUAUUUCUUUAAUGCAUAA